AUCUGAUAGCAGCAUGCAUGUGUCUUAAACAAAAACACAUUAGUAUGUAGUUAGUUAAUGAUAAGAUUUCCAAGUGGGCAGAGUAUAUAUCCCAGCUCAAGGUUCAGAACCCAGCACUUGUCACAGAGAACGCAGAAUGAAGGACAAAGAAGAUUUGCAGUUGACGGACGUCUCGUAUGGGAACGAACAAGGCGUGGAUAAUCCAGUCUUUGUGAAGGAGGAUACAUUACCAGAUGACCUGAGUGACAGUGACAAAGAGUCAGAGAAGGAUUCAAAGUCAGAGAAGGAGUCAAGCUCAUGCAUGAGCAAAGCAUGUCUACCCAUCACAGUCACAGAGACCUUCUUCAAGACUCACUCCAAAAUAAUCAAAUAUAUUGUGUUGGCAAUCCUUGCUGCAGGUUAUCUGGCGUACUUCAUUUAUGCCUGUUAUUUAAGCUUCCAGAGGGCUCUUGCAUUGGUGGUCCUCACUUGUCUGGGAGUUUUCAUCCUCGUGUGCGAACUAGUGUUUCGGUACAAGGGUGACAGCAUCAAGAGGUGCUUCAAGCCUGUGCAGAGAUGUUUUAGAUCCAAUAUGAAAUGGAUGAAAUGGGUAUUCAUAGUAAUUGUGGUUGGUCUGUUGGUGGCAUGGCUGGCAGUCGACACACGAAAGCGCCCAGAGCAGCUCAUCUCUUUUGGUGGCGUCUGUCUGUUCAUUGUUGCAAUAUUUCUCUUCUCUGCACACCGAACUGCAGUGAGAUGGAGCACUGUCUUCUGGGGUCUUGGUUUACAGUUUGCCAUUGGUCUGUUUGUUAUUAGGACAGAGCCUGGUCUCGUUGCAUUCGAAUGGCUCGGAAAGCAAGUUCAGAUUUUUCUGGACUACACAAAAGCUGGUUCCGGGUUUGUGUUUGGAAACCUCAUUGACAACAUAUUUGCAUUCCAGGCUCUGCCUAUAGUGGUGUUCUUCAGCAGUGUAAUGUCAGUUCUGUACUACCUAGGGGUGAUGCAGUGGGUCAUCACAAAGAUCUCCUGGGUAAUGCAAGUAACAAUGGGAACAUCCUCCACAGAGACUCUCAGUGUAGCAGGAAACAUCUUUGUUGGCCAGACAGAGGCUCCCCUUCUGAUCCGUCCCUAUCUAAAGGACAUGACCAAAUCUGAGAUUCAUGCAGUGAUGACUGGUGGAUUUGCAACCAUUGCUGGAAGUGUAAUGGGUGCUUUCAUCUCAUUCGGGAUUGAUGCCUCGUCUUUGAUUUCUGCUUCAGUGAUGGCUGCUCCAUGUGCUUUAGCCAUCUCCAAACUGUCCUACCCUGAAACGGAAAAGAGCAAGUUCACAUCUAAAAGUCAAAUUAAAGUGGACAGUGGAGGUGAGCAGAACGUGUUGGAAGCUGUUAGCGGCGGUGCGUCUGCUUCUAUAGGGCUUGUGGCCAACAUUGCUGCUAACCUGAUUGCUUUUCUUGCCAUCUUGGGCUUCAUUAAUGCAACUCUAAGAUGGUUGGGGGGCAUGGUGGGAUACCCAGAUGUCACCUUUGAGCUGAUCUGCUCUUUUGUCUUCAUGCCGGUGGCCUUCAUGAUGGGAAUUCCAUACGAUGAGUCUUUCAAAGUGGCUGAACUCAUCGGCACUAAACUCUUCCUCAAUGAGUUUAUAGCCUACGAGAAGCUGUCAGAGCUCAAAAACAACAGGCUUAAUGGCAUUUUAGAUGACAACGGAGAUCCAAAUUGGAUCUCAGUUCGGUCAGAAAUCAUCUGCACUUAUGCCCUGUGUGGCUUUGCUAAUUUCAGCUCUCUUGGAAUUGUGAUUGGAGGCCUGUCCUCUAUUUGUCCACCAAAGAAGGGAGUAAUUUCUUCUUUAGUGCUCAGAGCCUUGUUCACAGGCACAUGUGUUUCUCUGAUCAAUGCCUGUAUUGCUGGUAUCCUUUUCGUUCCUCCCCUAGACUGUGUGGGUCUGCUUCAAAAUGCAGUCUUCGAACCUACUACAGCCAACCUUGAAACUUGCUGUUAUGAUCUUUUUAAAAGCACUGUCAACAAUGGAACGGUUUCUUUUGAGGGGUCCUGGAGUGUAGUGGCAAAUGCCACAAUUUAUUUUGAAAACUGUUGUGGCCUCUAUAAUGCAACUGUGUGCAUGUAGUUAGGCCAAGAGGUAACAUACAGUAUAAUAUAGCAAUGCAAAACUCUCUCAACUAAAUAUACUAGUAUUUAUUAAAUUAUCACAUUAUGAAAUGUUUGCUCAGUUGAUAGAUGUACAAAAUGUAUUUGAUUUUAUUUGCUCAUUUAUUCAAACCUAAAUUCCUCGUUUAUGUAGCCCAUAUGUGAGAGCAAUUUGUGUGCAAGUAUUUUAUUUUUCUUCUACAAAUUCUGUUGUUUUGUCUCCUGUAAAUGUUGUAAUUGUUGUAAGAAUUUACAUCCAAUUACAUUCUUAUCAAUGGCAGACA